CUGUGAAGCGCGUGAGUCGAUCACUACACACUGGAUGUACCUGCUAAAGAAACACCUUUGAAGGCGCCCAGGGCAGAAAAUGGGACACCUCAGUUCCCAACUUUAAAUCUGACAGGAGUAUUGUUUCUUGAUGCAGAGUCUGGACUGAUGACAUGGCAGUAGACGCGGCCUCCAGUUUCACUUUCUGUCGUCCUGCGGUGGAGUACAGGGCUCUUCCAGAGGACUUUAAGUACCAGCUGAGUCGUUGUGCAGGUGGAAACCUCACCUGGCAUGAAGGGCAGAGCCGCAAAACAGCUGGUGGCCGAACGGUCAAACUUCUCCAACAGCCUGGAACCGAAGGACUGCAGUUACGUUCAGGUGAAUCGUGCUCUGUUUACCACACCAGCCCAACCUUGCCGUGUCUCUCCAGGCCAGUGGUUUUGUGGUCUCAGCAGGAUGUUUGCAGAUGGCUGAAGAAACACUGUCCACACAACUACUUGACCUACGUUGAAGCCUUCUCCCACCACGCCAUUACAGGUCGUGCUCUCCUGAGAUUGAAUGGUGAGAAGUUAGAGCGGAUGGGUUUGGUUCAGGAGACUCUGAGACAAGAGCUUCUCCAGCAGGUUCUGCAACUACAAGUACAAGAGGAAGGGCGCAACUUACAGCUGCUGAGCAGAGGGCUCUCUGGAAACCUGUCAUAACUUCAACCGUGCGUGGGGCAGUUCUACCAGACUGACUGCACUCUGAAGAGACAUCAGUGGGUCUGGUCAGACUGAGGCCAGAGACAUUUGACUGGAGCUGUCAUGGACUGGGACACAGGGACAGGUUUCAGUUAUACAGCUCAACCUUCACAUUCUCACUAAGCUUAAAGAAAACUCAUACCAGAUGAGACCUACAAAAGGAGCUUUCAUGUGCACUCACGAUUUAUCUACCCCAAAUCUACUUUGUAAUGGAAACAUAAAAUGCAGAGGAAUCUCGAAUCUUCAUAACUGAUAAAGGAGGACCCAGCUGGCUGUACCAACGCUCCACGGAUUUAGUAAAAAGUCAGAUCCACUUUAAAGUCUGCAAGACCUUCUACUAUGAUGUCUGGUAUUACUGACAGAACUUGCUAUAUUAUGAACUUUGUCCACAGAAACAGGCUUGCUAACUAUUUUCUGCUGGAAUGUGACCUUGCCAGACGUGCCCUCAAACGUGCCCGUCAAGAUAGUGGUACUACGUAAGCAAAAUGUAUCCGGUUCCUGCAGGUGUUCCUGGAAUCAUUUGAUGUUAGAGUUAAAUCUAAAUAAUUUAAACCUGCAUUUGUACUGUGAACCCAACUGGACAGCCUGUUUUAGUGGGUUGUAUUUUUUCUUCUGAAAACUUAAAAGUUUCUUUUUAUCUUCAGAUGAUUCUGUUCUAGGAACGAAAAGAUAAAAAAAAACGAGUUCCCCAUGUGACAAUGACGGCAGCAUUUACAGUGAAAUGAUAAGUAUCUUUGGUCACAAAAGGCUGUGUUUAUGUUGUGUAAAUUACAAAGCUCUGGAAGUCUCUGAGAACUGGAGAUGACAGAUGUAAAACAAUGACGAGCUGCAUUGUUGCCUAAAAAAGACUCAAGUGUGGACCUGCCCAAAAGGCUGUUAAAAAAACCACAUCAAAACAUCAAGAUGGUACAGUGUGACAACCUGAAAGUGUUUUUGGACACGCAAAACGGCGUAAAUGUGUUAUUUUGUGAAGACUUUGAUUUCAAGUAAUGACAGGAUUCUGAGUUCUAGUGUUGUGACACCAUGACUCAGCUUGUGAUAUAUUAGAUUUGAUUAUAAAUUUCCUGUCAAGGUUAGGCAGAAACAUUCUUAAUACCGUGUGAAGUGCAUUGGCAUUUAAGUUACUUUACAGGCAACUGUUUUCUACUGAAAGAGGCUAAACUAGUUUAAGCAUUAUCUACUUUGUGAAAAGCAAACUCAUUUGCCAUUUUAAAAAUAGGCAUUUUUUUGUUUUUAAGUCAAAGUUCGGAUUACACAGUUUGCUUUUACCUUAGGGCAGUGCUGUUCAUCUUAAAUCUGCAUUGUACAUUCCAGAACGCACUGUCACAUUUUUACAUGACACCCUUUACCGAAAGAAACAUUUGCAUUUUGUCAUUGUCUUCAGACCUAGAGUUAAAAGACUGUUCUAACUGAUCAUAAAAGUUAUGUAUUAAACUGAUAUGUGAUUUUACCAUUUAAAUUAAUCAUGCAUAUUUGUGUAUUUGACAUUUGACAAUUUACAUUUAAUUGAUUAUUUCUGAACAUAUUAUAUAUGACAAGUUGUUUGUGAUUGUUAUGAAGCAACAUUUUUUUUUUUUCAUUUUCUUUUAUUCUUUUUGUGUGUAUGAGUAUGUUUGUGAUAUGGGAAUUAGUUCAGAGAUAACAAGCUGGUUUGUGAACUUUUCAUUUAAAAUAAAG